AUGCCAGCUGACGAGAAGGAGAAGCCUGUGACGUCGUUCGACACGAGUGAAGACGGCAACGACGCGAAGAGCAACAGCAACAGCGAGCAUGAUGAUGUGGAGCUGGGACACCCCCCGCUUCCAGGGACCUCUCGUGAACCUGAUGGCCCUCCCCUGAGGAGGAUAGCUUCAUCCUUCGCCAACACCACCACCAGAAUUGUCCCCAGAGCAGACCGCAGGGGUCUGCUUGGCCGCUUCGCUGUCAUACCCGAGAUCGAGAACCCGUAUCAGUACAAGAACACCACAAAAUGGAUGAUCACUGCUGUUGUAUCUCUCGCCGCCGCCGGCGCUCCCUUGGGGACUAGCAUCUUCUUACCUGCCCUCCCUUCAAUGUCGCAUGACCUAGGAGUCAGCCAGGCUGUCACCAACCUGACCGUAGCCUUUUACAUGCUGGCCAUGUCCAUAUUCCCUUUGUGGUGGUCCUCCUUCUCAGAGACCCUUGGCCGCAGAACCAUCUACAUCGUCUCUUUCACACUGUUCGUCAUCUUCUCCGUCCUCAGCGCCGUAAGCGUCAAUAUCUCGAUGCUUAUUGUCAUGCGUGUCCUGGGUGGCGGUGCUUCUGCUUCGGUGCAAGCUGUGGGUGCCGGGACCAUAGCCGACAUCUGGGAGCCCGCCGAGCGCGGGCUCGCCAUGGGCGUGUUCUAUUUAGGCCCGCUAAUGGGCCCGCUCUUUGCUCCCAUCAUCGGCGGCGCCCUCGCCGAAGGUUUCAGCUGGCGCGCAACCAUGUGGUUCCUCACCAUCUUCGGCGCCGUGAUGCUCCUGAUGCUGCUCUUUUGCCUGCCCGAAACUCUCGUUAUAAGACCAGCAGCACCCCCUGACGAGACUACCGGCUCCUCCGGUGAACGCCCCGCCAACCCCCUCCGUCGUGUCUCCACCGCCCAGUCGAUAAAAAAGACGGCCUCAGUGCUGAAGCGUCUCUUCAUCGACCCCCUGUCUGUGCUCGUUUAUCUCCGCUACCCGCCGGUGUUAAUAACAGUCUACUCGGCAUCGAUAGCCUUUGGUGCGUUAUAUGUGCUGAACAUCUCGAUCCAAUCGACCUUUUCCAAGCCUCCUUACUCGUUUUCGUCCAUUCUACUCGGCCUUUUGUAUAUAGCCCCAUCGACGGGCUAUGUGCUGGGAUCUAUGCUGGGCGGACGUUGGAUCGACGUUAUCAUGGCGCGGGAAGCCCGGCGGGCACGGCGAUACGACGCCGAUGGAAAGCUGGUGUACCUGCCCGAGGACAGGAUGCGUGAAAACAUGUGGCUGGCCGGCACGCUGUAUCCUGGGGCGCUGAUAUGGUACGGCUGGACUGCGGAGAAGGGACUCCAUUGGAUCAUUCCCAGCAUAGCUAACCUGUUCUUUGGAGUCGGGAGUAUGCUGGUCUUUGGCGUGGUGACCACCAUGCUGACCGAAUUUAUGCCCAAGAGGAGCAGCAGCGGAGUCGCCAUCAAUAACUUUGUGAGGAACAUCUUCUCGUGCGUAGGGGGAGUAGUUGCACAACCCUUAAUUGGGGCCAUGGGCAACGGGUGGCUAUUUACGAUGUUGGGUUUGGUUGCCUGGGUGACAGGGAAUUUGGCGGUUUUGGCGUUGAGGCGAAAGGGGCCCGAGUGGAGAGCGGAGAUGGAUAAGAAACUGAACCAGAGUUCGUGA